AUGCCAUCGUCAUCAAGUGUGCCCCUGAGAGAUGCCAUCGUCAUCAAUUGGGAGUCUAAAUUGGUGUAUCUUUUGUACUUCACACACACACCCUCAGCAGACAGUCACCCUCAGCAGACAGUCACCUUCAGCAGUCACCCUCAGCAGACAGCCACCCUCAGCAGACAGUCACCCUCAGCAGACAGUCACCCUCAGACAGUCACCCUCAGCAGACAGUCACCCUCAGCAGACAGUCACGCUCAGCAGACAGUCACCCUCAGCAGACAGUCACCCUCAGCAGACAGUCACCCUCAGCAGACAGUCACCCUCAGACAGUCACCCUCACCAGACAGUCACCCUCAGCAGACAGUCACCCUCAGCAGACAGUCACCCUCAGCAGUCACCCUCAGCAGACAGCCACCCUCAGCAGACAGUCACCCUCAGACAGUCACCCUCAGCAGUCACCCUCAGCAGACAGCCACCCUCAGCAGACAGUCACCCUCAGACAGUCACCCUCAGCAGACAGUCACCCUCAGCAGACAGUCACCCUCAGCAGACAGUCACCCUCAGCAGACAGCCACCCUCAGCAGACAGUCACCCUCAGCAGACAGCCACCCUCAGCAGACAGUCACCCUCAGCAGUCACCCUCAGCAGACAGUCACCCUCAGCAGACAGCCACCCUCAGCAGACAGUCACCCUCAGACAGUCACCCUCAGCAGACAGUCACCCUCAGCAGACAGUCACCCUCAGCAGACAGCCACCCUCAGCAGACAGUCACCCUCAGCAGUCACCCUCAGCAGUCACCCUCAGCAGACAGUCACCCUCAGCAGACAGUCACCCUCAGCAGACAGUCACCCUCAGACAGUCACCCUCAGCAGUCACCCUCAGCAGACAGCCACCCUCAGCAGACAGUCACCCUCAGACAGUCACCCUCAGCAGACAGUCACCCUCAGCAGACAGUCACCCUCAGCAGACAGCCACCGUCAGCAGACAGUCACCCUCAGCAGACAGCCACCGUCAGCAGACAACCACCCUCAGCAGACAGUCACCCUCAGCAGACAGCCACCCUCAGCAGACAGUCACCCUCAGCAGACAACCACCCUCAGCAGACAGCCACCCUCAGCAGACAGCCACUUAGGCCCCCAGCUAAUGGAUCCAUCCCAAGCCACGAGGGAAGUCACGACCACUUAA